AUAGAAUUAGUGAACAAGUGACCUCGGGAAGAAGGAAACAGGUCUCACCUCACAUAAUUAAUGGGUUAUUCCUCACUACUCAUGGCUCCUUUACCUCUAACUUUGCAUUGCAAGUGUCAAGUAAAAGUUGCUGCUGCUGUGUGUGCGUUCACGCUGUAAAUAUGGCAGCCAGAGAGAAGAAAGUUGAUGAAACAAGUUAUGAGAGCCUGGCUGAGGUGUUCCGUUGCUUCAUCUGUAUGGAGAAGCUCCAGGAUGCCCACCUUUGCCCUCACUGCUCAAAGUUGUGCUGCUACCUCUGUAUUCGGCGCUGGCUAACGGAGCAACGGCCUCAGUGUCCACACUGCAGAGCCAACUUGCACCUCCACGAGUUAGUCAAUUGCCGGUGGGUAGAGGAGGUGACCCAGCAGUUGGACACAUUGCAGCAGGCAGGGGUUAGGCCUCCACCACCAGACACUGAUAAAGACAAGUGUGAACGACACCAAGAAAAAUUAAGUGUAUACUGUUGGACAUGUGGGAAGUGUAUAUGUCAUCAGUGUGCACUCUGGGGUGGAACACACUCAGGCCAUACCUUCAAGCCCCUAGAGGAAGUAUAUGAACAACAUAUAACACAAAUUAGAGAGGAAGUAGCUCAGCUGAGAAGAAGAUUGCAUGAACUGGUAUCUCUAGUGCAGGAAGUGGAAAGAAAUGUGGAAUCUGUUCGAGCUGCAAAGGAUGAGAGGGUGCGAGAAAUUCGCAAUGCUGUGGAACUGAUGAUCGCUCGGCUUGACUCACAGCUCAAGUCAAAGUUGCUCACAUUAAUGGGUCAAAAAAAUUCUUUAACGCAGGAAACUGAGCAAUUGGAAUCCCUCCUGCAGGAGAUUGAGCACCAAUUGCACACUUGUUCAAAAUCUGAACUGAUUCAGCGCUCCCCAGAACUCCACUCAAUGAUUGCUCCAGUAAACAAGAAGCCUAUGGCUUCCUUUGUCACUGCUCCUGUACCGGCUGAUUUCCAGAGUGAAAUUGUGCCACAGUAUGACAGCAGUACCUUUGUUAUGAACAAUUUCUCACAGUUGCAGCACAAGGCUGAUCCUGUUUACUCUCCCCCUCUCCAUGUUAAUGGCCUCUCUUGGAGGCUCAAAGUUUAUCCGGAUGGUAAUGGUGUGGUCCGAGGAAAUUACCUGUCUGUCUUCCUAGAACUUAGUGCUGGUUUGCCAGAAACUUCCAAAUACGAGUACAGAGUGGAAAUGAUUCAUCAAGGUUCAAGAGAUGCUAGCAAAAAUAUUGUCAGAGAAUUUGCCUCUGAUUUUGAAGUAGGCGAGUGCUGGGGCUACAAUAGAUUCUUCCGUCUUGAUCUUUUGGCAAAUGAAGGCUACUUGAAUACAGAAACAGACACACUUAUACUCAGGUUUCAGGUGAGGCCUCCUACAUUCUUCCAGAAAUGUCGUGAUCAGCUGUGGUAUAUUCAUCAGCUUCAAACACUUCAAGCUCAGUAUAUUCAGCAAAUUAAUAAUCUUAAGGAGAGAAUAGCAAUUGAACUUUCUCGAAAUUCAGUAGCUAGCAACAAGAGUGUGAACAGCUCGGCUGGUUUUCCACGUGUAGAGAGGCCUCAGUCAGCCUCUCCCAAACCAAGUCCUAUUAGUUCACACACGCACCACCCACAUCCUCUGCCACAAACUAAACCACAGCGAAACCACCAUAUCAACAAAAGUGUUGAACCAGUGGAGUUAGAAGCAGAAAGACAGUCUACCAGUUCUUCUGAUACUGAAGACUUAAGUGAGGGUGAGCUCAACGAGCAAGAGGAAGGUGCAGAUCAGAGCGCUGCUACAGCUGAGUAUGCCAGUAAUGAUGAAAAUGACGUUGAUGAUGAAACGAUGAGUGGAGACAAUGACGUGGAGCACUCGGCUGCCUCUUCACUUCUAGCAAGUCUCCAUGAAGCCUCAGCACUGCAUGAGGGGCCAAUUCUUAAUCAUAGCCGGUCACAUAGCUCCAGUUUCCUCUCGGAUCUGGACUCUCUAACAGAACAGUUGGGUGCAGUAGGAAGCAUUCAAUCGGACUUGAGUUCACCUCAGGGUGAUGAAAUGAUGCUGCUUCACUUAUUAGAGAUGCAGGGACGAGGUGGCCCUGAUCAUCGUAGACCUUGGAGCAAACCUGGCCUGGGAGGCAUAAGUUCAAGGCACAAGUCAAACCGUAUGGUUCGAAAGCCACUUCUACCCAUUGCUUCAAGUGUUCUGGAUACACUGCAGCUAGAUAUGGCAACAUUGCUGCAGUCAAACCUGCCAACACACAAUGGCAUUUCAUCACUACAGGCACACACUGGCAUCCCAGACCAUGAUCGUCCUGUUAACCAUUUGCAGCAUCCACAUUCUUUAAAUAAUUCCAGUCCUAUGAAGAGUAGUUAUAGACCUCCAUUGGCCCCACGACCUUCCCUCUACACUCAACAUUUAGCUGAAGAUGCCAAGAAGGAGGCCCAGUCUAUGACUAAUGUUGCAGAUAAGGAUUUAAGUGAGUCAUCAAUGUGUGACCUCUCCUUAGACCCUGUGUCACUUUCUGAUAUGACUUUAGAAGAAGGACCUUUAUCUGGGGCUGAAGAACCCGAGUCUCUGGGGGCAUCCGGUACAGCGAUAAGUGGUACAUCUUCUGCAGCUGGUGGAGCAUUAUCUGGAGGAGGGCCUGCAGCUGGUGAGGGGGAGAAUGGUGUCAGCAGCGACAACACCAGCGGCUAUGUCAGCGACGGCGGAACAGAGUAUCUCCCCGUGUUCACCUCCAGUGCAGCCAACCUCAGUCGGAGGUGUUUAUACAAGUAUUGUAUUUUGAGCAAAAUGGCAGAAACCAAAGGAAGUGAGAAGGGGAGUUGGGCAGCAGCUGCCGCAGGUCUCCCGUUUACCCUUGGCUUUAAAGUGCCCGCAGAGAAGCAUACCCAAGAUAAAGCUCAGGACAAAAGCAGGGACAAAGAUGAUAAAAGACCCACUAAAGAUGACAAGUGAAAAGAAGUAUGAGGUUGGUCUUGGUUUUAAGACAGCAGGUGAUGCAGAGGGUUUCAGAUUAAAAUGAUUUAUUCUUUUAUAAAAAAUGUAGAUAGAAUAUAGAGUGAAUUAAAAUUCCUUAAGAAGUAAAUGAAUUGAAUAAUCCAAAAAUUUUGGAAGGAAGAGUGAAAUUCACAAUGAAUCGAGAAUAAAUUGUUACAAAAUUCGAUUACUUGUUUUAAUUAUUGAUGCAAGAGAAAGAAUGACAGCUAAGUAUAUUUACAUAUAUGAUUAGUUUAGAAUAUUAAAAUUGUAAAGACAAAAAGAGUAGGCUCAUUUAAGGAACAAAGGUUACUUUUCUUACACCUGCUCCUUAAAACUAAUUUCACAUAAUUUUCAAAAGUUUGCAGUUAAAUUGUUUUAUUUUAGCCAGUCUUUUAUAAUGAAAUUAAUAGUGCCAGUCUUAGUUUUACUUUGUCAGUAAAAUUGCAGUAAAUUGUGAAGUACAGGUAUGCAAGUCAGUGUAAAAAAAUUAGUUCCUAAACAUAGUUAAAAUAUUUAAAAUGCCAUAAUUAUUUUACCAAUUAAAUAAAUGAAGUGGCAUAUAUAAUGUGGAUUCUAACUGGAGUAGAUUUUUUUUUCUACCAAGAGUCUUUAAUACUUUGCAAGUAUAGCUUUUAGUAUUAAGACUGGUUUGACUAGCUUUAGUCAUUGAAUGAAGUGGUAGGCUGUAAAAAAAAAAAAAAAAAAAAAAAAAAAAAAAAAAAAAAAAAAAAAAAGUGCUUGUGUACACUGAACACAUUGGGAUAGUAAACAAGCUACUAGUGUCAGUUACUGGGAAUAUAAGCAAGCAGCUCAGGUUGUUUAAUAAAUGAUAGAGAAAAAAAAAAAAA